UAUAUGUAUAUAUGUGUGUGUAUAUAUAUGUGUAUACACACACACACAAAAACUGUGGGUGUAAUGGCAAGUACCUUUUUAUAGAUGCUCAUGAUGAUGUGUCCUCUACCUUUUUUGUGUGUUCAUUUAUUAACCGGUGUGUUUUUGUCCUCCUCAGACCAGAAUGAGGCUCGGCCUGUCCUGUCAGCCUCUCGCCUCCUAGAGAGAAGACUCAUCUUCCAUCUGAAUCUGGUCUCAAUUGUCAAACAGCACCACAAGAUCUUCCUGUCCUUGUUAGUUCCUCCAGUGUCUGUUCCAGAAAACAAACUCACCCGCUGGCAUCCUCGCUUUAAUGUGGACACUAUGCCAGCCGUCUUAACUAGCUCGCUGCCUCAGCCUCCUGACACUGACAAACUGGCCACAGCUCAGGAGGUGCUUGACAAGGCUCGCUCACUCAUCACACCCAAGAUGGAGAAGGCUUUGAUUUCUCUGGCUCAGAAGACAGAAGAUAAAGCUGCAGAGAGAAAAGAGCCUGCAUCUCCACAGAACCCAACAGUCCCCCAAGUGUCUACUCCAUCAACUGCCCCUGCAGCUCAGGUCCCAACUGCCCUGAAAGGAGUGUCCCAGUCACUGCUGGACAGAAUUCGUGCAAAAGAGGCCCAGAAGCUCCAGGCAGCCAUGACACGAAACCCCACACAAGAGGACCGCCUGCUGAUGAUGUCACGGCUUCCCGAGCUGGCCAGGAUUCUCCGGAGCGUUUUUGUUGCAGAGAAGAAAUCGUCUUUAAUUAUGGAAGUGGCCUGUAACCGGACGGUGGCCAGCUACAGAUCUGCUCUCAGUACAGGUGAGAUGGAGAAACACAUCCGUCUUCUGGCAGAAGUGGCUACUGAUUGGCUGACUAUUCAUCCAUUAAGGAAGGACUUCUUCCUGAAGUUGAACAAGAACAUGGAGCUCAACAUCGUUCUGGACAAACUGAGCGGCAGACUCCGAGAGGAGGAGAGAAUCUGAGAUGCAAAUGACAGAAUGAUGACUUAGUGAAUUUCUCCCACCCUUGAUGUGAGUGCUGCCAGCAGACUGAAGGCUAGUUGCUUUAAAGUGCAAUAUUUUUAAAUGAAUUUCACUUGUUUGUGGACAGUAGGCACGAAUGUCCGACAUUUUAAACACAGCGGGUUUUGUUGUGGUCAAGGCCUUACAGAAAUGGUCGCAGAUUGAUCUAGGCACAGCUCCAGCACGUCGGUAUGUCCCAAAGGUACGACCAGACCUAGUCCUGGUAUUUAUUCCACCAACGCCCUGUGUUGUAAAGAGGUUGUUUUAAUCACAUUUCUGUUAUAGUGAUUGUGUUUUGUUUUUCCUUCCAUGAAAGUGUAAUGUCAAUGUAGCCUUCCAGUCUUUUUAGGGAUACAUUUCCUACAAUGUAGAACUGAUGAAUGUUUACAUUUUUUGAGGUCACUGUUUGAUAGUGUUUAAGAAAUACAAGCAUCUGUCCAAGUUCUGCGCCCUCCACUUGUUAUUAAAUAUUACAGUAAAAUUAAAGACAAUGAUUGCAUUAAAUAUCUGACAGCUGGUGAUAAACCCAUCCUGUCAAGAUUACAGGAGAAAAGGAGUCAUGGGUGUAGUGAGUGAGGGAAAAAAAACU